AAAAUAAUAAUCUAUUUUCGCCGACACCCAGUUAGGCAGUUACUGUCUUUUCUCUUCCCUUCCCUCUCCCCCCCGGGAAUAUUAUUUGCCAUGAUCGCUCUGAGCCGUCCAGUAACGGCUGCUCCCGUCGUAUCGGGGUUGCCCCUAGUAUAUCGUCUCCUCACUAUCUACCGAUUCUACACUUCUGGCGCAGCCCAACCGCAGCUCGACCCCGAUUACUACUACUACAACGAUAACAGCAGCAACUACUAUGAGCCGAGCAGCAAUCGGCUUGCCAAGGCUCCAAUGGCCGACGCCGAAAGCUCGGUUCCGACAAGAGGAGUGCACUGGGCGUUCAUAGGAUAUCCGCGUAUCAAGAAGCGCGUGUACGUUGAGAGACUAUCCAAGCUUCUAGAAGUCCCUUACAUUUCUAUGGCUAGUCUCGUUCGUCAAGAGCUGAAACCAGGCACCUCUCUCUACAAACAGAUUGCAAAUGCUGUUAAUCGCGGGCAACUUGUUCCAGAGGAUAUAAUUUUUGGCUUGCUGUCUAAGAGGUUGGAAGAUGGGUAUUACAGAGGUGAAAUUGGUUUUAUUUUGGAUGGAAUUCCUCGUUCACAGUUACAAGCUGAGAUUCUUGAUGAACUUGCAAAGAUUGAUUUGGUAGUGAAUUUUAAAUGCACCGAUGAUUUCUUGAUAAAGCACCAAGAAGAAGGUGCUUGGAAAGAUAAGCUCCGAGCCUAUGUUGAGAAGGUAAACGAGCAAACCACUAGAAGAUUAUUACAGGAAACAGAAAAAGCUUCUUGACUUUCAAGUCGGCGGUGCACCUGGAGAGACCUGGCAAGGGCUUUUGGCUGCAUUGCGUCUACAACAUAUGAAUGCUGUUAAUUGUUCGAAGAAGCUGACUUCAGGAUAUACCUUGCUUUAAAGUUCCUUUUGGUGCCUACUUCAUUUUAAAUACGAGCCCCGGAAAUAUCACUGGUGAAUUUCCCUAGGAUAUGUAGAUGUCUUUUUUCUUUUUCGUGCAACUGUGAACAAUUUUGAUGAUGCAACGUGUGAUAUAUUGAUGUGUGUGCUCUUUUGUAAUUAUCUAGGUAUGCCUAUGAUGUACAAACAUUUUAAAUUGUUACAAACUCGCCAUGACAAAUAUAGUAUUUAGCUAUAAAUGUUUUCGUCCCCAAA